GGGUGCCCACCAACUGCUGAAGCAUUGCUUUAUGGUAUGUUGCAACUUCAGCGCAAAAUGAGAAGAAACAGGAAGAGUGUGCUUUGGUGAGUUGUACGCUUAUUUGUCAUGGAUCAUGCUAAUGGCUGCAUUCCAGGUACCGCAAAUGAGAUGAUCUGUACGAGCCUGGUUUGGCGACAGCGUACAUAAACUAGCACUUUCGUUGACACGUUUCGUAUAUCACUCAUGGCUGGCGUGCAUCAUUUCCUUUCCUUAUCCACAAUCUUGUGAAGGAGACCCCGUAGUAUGCGGGGGUACCUUCAGCACACUUCAUUUCAUGCAAGGAUGUCAGAGUAUCGAGUCGUGAUGAACGUAAAAUAAAGCACUGCGCUUUGUUUAUCCGACGCACACCUUCUGAAAUGCUGUCUCUUCGUCACCCACGAAGAAUUUGACCAUGUCCUUCAGCUUCUGCUGGACGCAGGUUAUGUUAAUCAUAUUCUGCAGGGGCGACAUCCACCACGGUGAUAUUUGCAUGGGGUGCACAACUGCGAUCAAGCCUUUGCGCAUACACAAGUGCGCAACUUCGCACGUGGAUGCUCUACUCACUCCCACCUCACCUCAUUGGCUGUCUGAUGCACCCUGGUUGGGAGGCGGCGCCACUGUGACGGUGUCAUGGCCAACACGAAGUGCACCUUACCCCUUAAUGAAUGUGAAAUGGCCGACUUCUCUCGCCUGCAUAAUUAAAAAAGCGCGCCGCACUACUGGCAGCAUGCUACGAUUGCAAAUUAUAACAGAUCUUCCAUCCCGUUAUCAAGCGCUCAUCAGCAAGUUCCCUAUCGACCAAUACAUCAUCGAUCGAAAUUGUUAGACUCAGAUCAGUGAUCAACGAGUGCUAGUGGUGGAUGGUAUCCGGCCGCAGCG